CGGCAGAAGGUGAGCGCCGUGGGCGAUGGGAUGGAUGAGGCGGGGCAGGACCAGCAUGAGGCCCGACUCAAGGAGCUGUUUGACAGUUUCGACACCACGGGCACCGGGUCCCUGGGACAGGAGGAGCUCACCGACCUUUGCCACAUGUUGAGCUUGGAGGAGGUGGCCCCGGUGCUCCAGGAGACGCUGCUUCAGGACAACCUCUUGGGCAGGGUGCAUUUUGACCAAUUUAAAGAAGCAUUAAUACUUAUCUUGUCCAGAACUCUGUCAAAUGAAGAGCACUUUCAAGAACCAGACUGCUCCCUGGAAGCUCAGCCCAAGUAUGUGAAAGGUGGCAAGCGUUACGGACGAAGGUCCUUACCCGAGUUUCAAGAAUCCGUGGAAGAGUUUGCAGAGAUUGAGCCCCUCGAUGACAAAGCUCGGCCCUCCCACACUCCAGCCGGUGACCGCAGCGAGCACUGGAAGACACAGCGCAGUGAGGAGUAUGAAGCAGAAGGUCAGCUAAGAUUUUGGAACCCCGACGACUUGAAUGCCUCACAGGGUGGGUCUUCUGCGCCCCAAGACUGGAUAGAAGAGAGACUGCAGGAGGUUUGUGAAGACUUGGGGAUCACCCGUGACGGUCACCUGAACCGAAAGAAACUGGUCUCCAUCUGUGAGCAGUACGGUCUGCAGAAUGUUGAUGGAGAGAUGCUUGAGGAAGUCUUCCAUAAUCUUGAUCCUGAUGGUACGAUGAGUUUAGAAGAUUUUUUCUAUGGCUUGUUCAAAAAUGGAAAAUCCCUCACACCAUCGGCAUCUACUCCCUAUAGACAGUUGAAAAGGCACCUCUCCAUGCAGUCAUUCGAUGAGAGUGGCCGACGCACCACAACCCCAUCAGUGAUGACGAGUACCAUUGGCUUUCGUGUCUUCUCCUGCCUGGACGAUGGGAUGGGCUACGCAUCAGUGGAGAAAAUACUCGACUCCUGGCAGGAAGAGGGCAUUGAGAACAGCCAGGAGAUCCUGAAGGCCUUGGAUUUCAGCCUUGAUGGAAAUGUCAACCUGACAGAAUUGACACUGGCUCUUGAAAAUGAACUUCUGGUCACCAAAAAUGGCAUUCACCAGGCAGCUCUGGCCAGCUUUAAGGCUGAGAUCCGUCAUUUGCUGGAGCGAGUUGAUCAAGUGGUCAGAGAAAAAGAGAAGCUACGGUCAGAUCUGGACAAGGCUGAGAAGCUCAAGUCUCUCAUGGCUUCGGAGGUGGACGAUCACCAUGCGGCCAUAGAGCGGCGGAACGAGUACAACCUCAGGAAACUGGAUGAAGAGUACAAGGAACGCAUAGCAGCCUUAAAGAAUGAACUCCGGAAGGAGAGAGAACAGAUCCUGCAGCAGGUGGGCAAGCAGCGUUUGGAACUUGAGCAGGAAAUCGAAAAGGCAAAAACAGAAGAGAACUACAUCCGGGACCGCCUUGCCCUCUCUUUAAAGGAAAACAGUCGUCUAGAAAACGAGCUUCUGGAAAAUGCAGAGAAGUUGGCGGAGUAUGAGAAUCUGACAAACAAACUCCAGCGAAAUUUGGAAAAUGUGUUAGCAGAAAAGUUUGGUGACCUUGAUCCCAGCAGCGCUGAAUUCUUUCUGCAAGAAGAGAGGCUGACACAGAUGAGAAAUGAAUAUGAACAGCAGUGCAGGGUACUACAGGACCAAGUGGAUGAACUCCAGUCUGAGCUGGAAGAGUUUCGUACACAAGGCAAAGUGUUGAGACUUCCCUUGAAGAAUUCACUGUCAGAAGAACUUGAUGUCAGCAGGGGUUGCAUUGAGCCUGACCAGGGGCUUGGUUCUGAAGAAUGCAAUCCAUUGAAUAUGAGCAUCGAGGCGGAGCUGGUCAUUGAACAGAUGAAAGAACAACAUCACAGGGACUUAUGUCGCUUGAGACUGGAGCUUGAAGAUAAAGUGCACCAUUAUGAAAAGAAGCUAGAUGAAACCAAGGUCGCCUGUGAAAAGGAGCAAGAGAACAUGAAGCAAAAGUAUGAGAAUGAAGUGCAUGUCUUGGAAAAACAAAUAAGUGACCUUAAAGAUGAAAUUGCAGAACUUCAGGGCCAGGCAGUGGUGCUCAAGGAGGCCCAACAUACAACUAUCUGCAGACAUGAGGAUGAGAAAAAACAACUGCAAAGGAAGUGGGAUGAGGAAAAGACUCACCUGCAAGAGAAGCUGAGGUUGGAACACGAGUUGGAACUCAAGGCUAGCCUAGAGCAGGCAGAGGAAAGCUUUAACCGAGAGAGAGAAGGACUCAUUCAAAAUGGCGCCUGGACAGAAGAGAAGGUGAGAGCCUUGACUCAGGAACUAGAGCAGUUUCACCAGGAGCAGCUUAAGAGCCUGAUGGAGAAGCACACUCUUGAGAAGGAAGAGUUGCGAAAAGAGCUCUUGGAAAAACACCAAAGGGAACUUCAAGAGGGAAGGGAAAAAAUGGAAACUGAGUGUAAUAGAAGAACCUCUCAGAUAGAAGCCCAGUUUCAGGCUGAUUGUCAGAAAGUCACGGAAAGAUGCGAAAAUGCUCUGCGAAGCCUGGAGGGGCACUACCACCAAGAGCUGAAGGAGCUCCUGGAACAACAGCUUGAGGAGAGAUCCCAGUGGGAGUUUGAGAAGGACGAGCUCACCCAGGAGUGUGCAGAAGCCCAGGAGCAGCUGAAAGAGACUCUCCAAAGAGAGAAAGCAACGUCUCUGGUCCUGACCCAGGAGAGAGAGAUGCUGGAGAAAACCUACAAAGAACAUUUGAAUAGUAUGGUUGUUGAAAGAGAGCAGCUACUCAAAGACCUGGAAGAUCUAAGAAACGUGUCGGAAAGUCAGCAAAGCCUCCCGUCCGACCAGAUCCUUGAGCUGAAGAGCAGCCGUGAAAGGGGGCUAAAGGGUGGUGAGCAGGUCCCGUGCCAGGCAGGCCCCUCAGAGCAGCUGGCCAGCCAGCAGCUGCAGAAGCUAGCAAUGGAACGGGACCGGGAGAGGCAGGAGAUGAUGUCCAAGCUUCAGGCCAUGGAGAGUGUCCACAAAGUGACCUGUGAGAAAGCAGACGAAGAGAGGGCUGAGAUGACCACAGAAAUCUCCAGGCUUCAGAACAAAAUUAAGGAAAUGCAGCAGGUGGCACGUCUGUCCGGGAGAGAGAGUGGCUGCCAGGCAGCGGGAGGGGAGGAAGCGGAAGGAAGUGGAGCCACGUCCCUGCUCCAGCAAGGAAAGCAGCUGUUGGAAGAGAAUGGAGAUGUACUCUUAAGCCUGCAGAGAGCUCACGAGCGAGCAGUGAAGGAAAAUGUGAAAAUGGCCACAGAAAUUUCGAGAUUGCAACAGAAGCUACAAAAAUUAGAGCCGGGGUCGGUAAUGUCGUCUUGUUUAGAUGAGCCAGCUACUGGAUUAUUUGCAAAUUCUGUGGAACAAACAGAGCCCUUUUUAGUGCAGAAUCCAAUGAAACAAGUAGAAGGUGUAAGCACACAGUGCGUCCUCAGUGACCUACCAGACGACGAGGCCCAGGAUCUGGGCAGUUCAGGGACGAGCUCUGCUCAGAGACAGGGGGUCAAAAUGGAGGUGUCUGAAGCAUCAAUAGAGAGUUUUUCCGAGCUCGAAAAUAGCGACGAGACCAGGACUGAGAGCUGGGACCUGAAGAAUCAGGUUUGUCAGCUUAAGGAACAACUAAUGAUCCUACGGGCAGACUGCAGUCGAGCUUCUGAAAAGAAACAGGACCUACUUUUUGAUGUUUCUGUGCUGAAAAAGAAACUGAAGAUGCUUGAGAGAAUCCCCGAGGCUUCCCCCAAGUAUAAACUGUUAUAUGAAGAUGCCAGCAGGGAAAAUGACUGUCUCCAGGAAGAGCUGCGAGUGAUGGAGGUGUGCUAUGAUGAAGCCCUAGAAAGUAACAAAGAACUCACUUCGGAAGUUUUCAAAUUGCAGGAUGAGCUAAAGAAAGUGGAAGAGGUGACGGAAACGUUCCUUAGCCUGGAAAAGAGUUACGAUGAGGUCAAAAGAGAAAACGAGGAGCUGCAUGUUCUGGUUUUGAGACUUCAGGGCAAGCUGGAGAAGCUACGGGAAAGAGCGGCACUCCAGUGUGACUGCUUCUCCUUGUGGGAAGCCCGCUUAGCUAACCUGGAAGUCCCGCCCGGAGAAAAGGAACUUCAUCAGACGCUGGAAGAGCGUGUGCCAAAGGUGGUGAACGUACACCGUCUCAUAGAAGAACGUUAUCAAGAAAACCAGUACCUCGAGCGGGAGAAUACACAGCUCCUGGGAAGAGGACAAGAGAGUGAACUCGCCUGGCUGCAGAGAACAAUCCGGACACAUCGAGAAAAGCCCAGAGUACAGAACGAGCUUCUGGCGGAGGAAGAAGACGCCGCUCUCCUAGGCCUUCAGGACAGACACCUUCCGCGUCAGGCCGCGAUAGCAGAGUUAGAGCUGGAGAAAAAAAAGCUGCAGGAGCUGACCAGCAAGUUGAGGGAGAGAGUCACUGCUUUAGUGAAGCAGAAAGACGCACCUUGUCAAGGAGAGAACGAGGAAGAGCUGAAGGCAAUGAUGCAUGACCUGCAGGUCACGUGCAGUGAGAUGCAACGCAAAGUUGAGCUUCUGAGAUAUGAAUCUGAGAAGCUUCAAGAAGAAAAUUCUAUUUUGAGAAAUGAAAUUACUACUUUAAAUGAAGAAGAUAGCAUUUCUAACCUGAAAUUAGGGAAAUUAAAUGGAUCUCAGGAAGAAAUGUGGCAAAAAAUAGUAACUGUAAAACAGGAAAAGGCUGCAGUUCAGAAGAUGGUCGAAAAUUUAAAGAAACAGAUUUCAGAAUUAAAAACCAAAAACCAAGAGUUGGAUUUGGAAAAUACAGAACUUAGCCAAAAGAACUCUCAGAAUGAGAAACAACUGCAGGAACUGAGUCACCAUGUGGCAGGAGCGCUGACCCAGAAGGAGGAAGAGCCGGGACACAGUGCACCUGAGCAGUGCAAACUACAAGAGCCUCAUCGGAAAGAAGAACUGGAACAGUGUAGAGCGCAGUCCUCUACUUUAGUGUCUUCUCUGGAGGCCGAACUUUCUGAAGUUAAAAUACAGACUCAUAUUGUGGAACAAGAAAACCUCCUUCUCAAAGAUGAACUGGAGAAAAUGAAACAACUGCACAGAUGUCCUGACCUCUCCGACUUCCAGCAAAAACUUUCUAGUGUUCUCAGCUACAAUGAAAAACUGCUGAAGGAAAAGGAAGCUCUGAGUGAAGAACUAAAUAGCUGUGUGGAAAAGUUGGCAAAAUCAAGUCUUUUAGAGCACAGAAUCGCAACUAUGAAGCAAGAACAGAAGUCUUGGGAACUCCAGAGUGAGACCUUGAAGUCCCAACUCGUGGCUUCACAGGAAAAGGUUCAGAGCUUAGAAGACACCCUGCAGAAGGUAAACUUGCAAAUGUCGCUGAUUCAAUCUGACCUACAAGUGACUCAGCAGGAAAAGGAGGCUUUAAAACAAGAAGUGAUGUCUUUAUAUAAGCAACUUCAGAAUGCUGGUGACAAGAACUCGGCCCCAGAAACAGCCACCCAUCCAUCAGGCUUCCAUACCCAGCAGCAAAGGCUGACUUGGGACAAGAUGGGUCAUCUGAUAAAGGAGGAACAACAGCUCCUUUGGCAGGAGGACGAGAGACUCCAGACCGUGGUGCGGAACACCAAAGCAGAACUCACGCACUCCCGGGAGAAGGUCCGUCAGCUGGAAUCCAACCUUCUUCCCCCCAAGCACCAAAAACAUCUACACCCAUCAGGCACUGUGAAGCCCACAGAGCAGGAGAAGUUGAGCUUAAAGAGAGAGUGUGAACAGUUUCAAAAGGAGCGAUCUCCUACUAAUAGGAAGCAGGUCAGUCAGAUGAAUUCCCUUGAAAGAGAAUUAGAAACGAUUCAUUUGGAAAAUGAAGGCCUGAAAAAGAAACAAGUAAAACUGGAUGAACAGCUAAUGGAGAUGCAGCACCUGAGGUCCACUGUGAUGCCUAGCCCAUCCCCUCAUGCUUGGGAUCUCCAGCUGCGCCAGCAGCAAGCCUGUCCGAUGGUGCCCAGGGAGCAGUUUUUGCAGCUUCAACACCAGCUGCUGCAGGCAGAGAGGAUAAACCAGUGCCUGCAGGAGGAACUUGAAAACAGGACCUCCGAAACCAACACACCACAGGGAAACCAGGAACAGCUGGUGACUGUCAUGGAGGAACGAAUGAUGGAAGUUGAACAGAAAUUGAAACUGGUGAAAAGGCUUCUUCAGGAGAAAGUGAAUCAGCUCAAAGAACAACUCUGCAAGAAUACUAAAGCAGAUGCAAUGGUGAAGGAUUUGUAUGUUGAAAAUGCCCAGUUGUUGAAAGCUCUGGAAAUGACUGAACAGCGACAAAAAACAGCAGAGAAGAAAAAUUACCUCCUAGAAGAGAAGAUUGCCAGCCUCAGUAAUAUAGUCAGGAAUCUGGCACCAGCACCGCUGACUUCUAUGCCUCCCUUGAGGUCAUAGCCAAGCCAAAGGAGACACACAGAUUUGUGCACUUUACUGAAAUGGAUGGAACAUUUCAGUAGGUUCUCUCAACCUUUUUUUUUUUUUUUUAAACCUUUAAUGGUUUAAAGUUAAGCUCAACCUAAAACUGCCAGCAACAGAACUGGAGUCUCCAUUCAUUAUAAUUAGUUUUUUAAAGAGACCAAAUUAUUUCCAAUUUUGAAUUUUUAAAAAAUAUCCUAAUAGCCACCAAAAAGGUAGAUAUAUGAACACAAUGCAAGAAUCUUAAAACCCCAGUUCUGAAUGAGUUUUUUUUUAAAUUAUGUACAAAGCUAUGUGUAAAUUCCAGAUAUUUAAAGUGUAAGAUCUGAUUAGUUUAUUGUCUUGAUCUUUAUUUAAACAACAAAUGUAUGUCUUCUUAUACAUUCAAAUAUGGAAAAGUCAUUCUGUUUCUAAUAAUUUUGGUUCUUUGGUGACAGACCCUGGGCUCAAUAACCACAGAGGUCAGAAAAGCCAGAGACCACAGUACUCUACCUUCUAGCACCUUUGACAGUAUUACCACUCUUGAUGUAUGAUAGACGUAAAACUGAUUUAUUCAACUGCCCUCUUAACUAAUGUUAAAACUGCACUUUCAAACAUUUUUUUUCCUUCUUAGAAGUUUCAUUUGGGGAGCUUAUCUUCUAAACAAUGGAUAAAGCCACGUUCUUAAAGCAUUUGAACUAUAGGGAAAGCACUGAACAAAUCACUUUGGAGUAAACAGCUACUCGUAGAAGAGAAAUAAGCAAACCAUGUGGGUUUCUCUCAAGUCUCGGGGUUCAUGAACUUACAUUUAGGGUUGCUUCAAGAACUCAGGGAACAAUACUUUGAAUGAUCUUCCUGAAACACUGUAGGGCCUCUUCAAGAAUUUGAAAUGCGUAAACCAUGUGACCUUAUUUGUCUUAUACUUAGAGCUAUACCAUGGAUUUUUAUUUCUACCUUUUUAGUGGAUUUACUCUUCUGAAAAGCCUUGAUUUUAGAGUUAAAACCUUAUGGAAGGGUUAUUUGCUUGUUUAACUUAAGUUAAAAUUUUCACGCUUCCUAUUCUCCUAACACGUCAAAUCGGAUCAUAAGAAUUUCUUACUCUGAUUAGCACUGGCAUGCCAUCUGAGGUAAAGAGUGCCAAGUAGGAUUUUCCAUUCAGUUCUCAACACCUGAACUUUAUAGAGCAGUCGACAUUUUUAGGAUGGGUAAUUAUUUUCCCCCAAAUCAAAUCUUUGCUGCUUAGCCUACUUCAGCCAGCCAGCCGUUGGUGGAAGACUUCUGUUUAGGACACUAACAAAGCUCAUUCUAGUCACCUAUUUGUUUUUGUGGAACAGCAGUUAGAUAAGAAAAAUUCAUUCUGAUGUAUUCCUGGAAAGCCAAGCCCAUCAAUUUACAAGACAGGAAACAGCAAAAAUCACACACUGCCUUAUGGGCAGGAACAAAUGAUUCAAGCACACUGCCUAAGAAGUCAUAUAAUGUUUAAAAAUCUCAAAGUAACUUGCAACAAGCAGCUUUCAGGUUCCUCAUGGUCUAACCAUCUGUUGGCCCCACCUGACAAGCUAGGGGCAACACAGAAGUCCUCAUUACAAAAGCUCUGACAAGGCAUGGCCAUUUGUGGGACUGGAAUCCACACUCAUGAAGCAAACCUUUCCAGGUCUGGACAGCUCUUACCACCAGAAAGUCCUGAUUUCCCCCUGGAAAAAUAAUUUUUU